AGCCAGUGCUGACUGCCAUGAUCGCUGGUGCUGUCGCUCCCUUCUCUCCCCUCCUCCAGCCACUGCCAUUCCCUCUGAUUUCACGAAGUUCGACUUGCGCACAUCGUUGCGCCAAUAGACAGGCCCAUUCGCGGGAAGUUCGCGAGCGGAGGGGAGGGAUUUAUCCGCGAGCCGGUGGUUCGGGUGCAGAUUCCGGGUCGUUUCCUGCUAAUAAGUCCGCCGAAGCAGCUUCUAACGAGGACGCUCGAUCCGUGACAAUGACAGGAUCGUUAAAUUCUUCUAUUCCUUCGGAUUUCAAGAAGAAUAGUUCUAGUAGCAGCGGGAGGGUAGCCGUAACCCCCAUAGUCGCCGAGGGUAUCUUUCGCCUAGACGCGGACGAAGGUUCUCGGAAGGCGGCCUUCCCGUCUCUUUCAUUCGCAGACCCGUCGGCCAGGGAGCAGCGGCUGGGAGGCGGUGGUUCGGGAAACGAGGAACUCUCAAUCGAGGAUGUGCUUGCAGGGGUUGCUGUGACCGUGGAAUUCAGCUCGCGAAACGACCAGCAAGUGGUUACCAUCCAACUGCCAGAGGGGUCGUCCUUCUAUGGAACAGGGGAGGUGGGAGGGCCUCUGGAGAGGAGCAAGAAACGGAUAUUCACCUGGAACACGGACUGCUGGGGCUUUAAUGGCAGCACCCCCUCGCUCUACAUGUCGCAUCCCUGGGUGUUCGCCCUGCUGCCUGACGGCCGCUGCCUUGGCUUCCUGGCAGACACCACCCGGCGCUGUGAGGUGGACCUGAGAGGAGCUCCCACCCUCCGCGUCACUGCAUCUGCUCCCUUCCCCCUCAUCCUGUUGUUCGGCCCCACCAGUUCUCCCACGCAUCUGCUGGAGCUCUUGGCGAAGGCCAUCGGUCCCCUCCCACUCCCGGCACGCUGGGUGCUGGGCUACCAGCAGUGCCGCUUCAGCUAUGAGUCUGCUGCCAGGGUGGAAGAGGUGGCAAAAGCCUUUCGAGAGAAGAAGAUACCGUGCGAUGUGAUGUGGAUGGACAUCGACUACAUGGACGGAUACAAGAGCUUCACCUUUGACCCGGCCAACUUCCCCGAGCCUCUCAAGCUGGCUCGGUGGCUGAACGAGGCGGGCUUUAAGGCCAUCUGGAUGCUGGACCCGGGGAUCAAGGAGGAGCCGGGGUACGCGCCUCUGGAGUCGGGAGACGGGGCAGACGUGUGGAUUCUCAAUGCCGAUGGCGCGCCCUUUGUAGGCGACGUGUGGCCCGGCCCCUGCAAGUUUCCGGAUUACACGAUGCAGAGGGCAAGGGAGUGGUGGAGAGACCUGGUGGCAGAGUUUGCGAGAGAGGGGGUGGACGGGAUUUGGAACGACAUGAACGAGCCCACCGUGUUCCGAGCAGUCAACAAGACCAUGCCGGACGAUAACAUCCAUAGGGGGGAUGACGACAUGGGGGGCACUCAGAACCACCUGCACUACCACAAUGUGUACGGCAUGCUCAUGGCGCGGGCUACAAGCGAAGGGUUGGAGAAGGCACUACCUGAGAAACGGCCAUUUGUGCUGACUCGUGCGGGGUACAUAGGCAGCCAGCGGUAUGCUGCUUCGUGGACCGGUGACAACCUUGCAACGUGGGAAUACCUUCACAUGAGUGUGCCCAUGGCGCUCAACAUGGCUCUCAGUGGGCAGCCCCUGAACGGCCCUGACAUCGGUGGUUUCGCCCUGAAUGCCACGCCCCGCCUGUUUGCGCGGUGGAUGGGCAUCGGCGCCCUGCUGCCCUUCUCAAGGGGGCACUCGGAGAAAGGGACAAAGGACGCCGAGCCAUGGGUGUUUGGAGAAGCCUGCGAGAGUGUGUGUCGGAAGGCAAUAGAGCGCCGCUACCACCUUCUGCCACACCUCUACACACUCUUUUACCAUCACGACAAGACGGGGCGUCCUGUCAUCUCGCCCCUCGCUUUUGCCGACCCGUCCAACCCGGCACUUCGAGCUGUUGAGGAUCAGUUCCUGCUGGGUCCAUUGCUCGUCAUGGCAUUCACGGAGCGUAGCAAGUUCGCUGACCCUUCAGCAGCCAAUCAGAGGCUGCCACCUGGCACAUGGAGGCGCUUCCAUUUCCAUGAUUCCGACCGGGACCUCCCUCUGCUCUUCCUCAAGGCAAGCGCCAUUCUGCCCACGGGGCCGGUCGCUCAGACCACUCAGGAACUUAGCAGGGAAGAUCCAGUCACUCUGGUUAUCAGCCUCGACGAAUCAGGCACCAGUGAGGGCCAGUUAUUCGAGGACGAGGGGGAUGGCUUUGGGUACAGGAAUGGGGAGUACCUACUGACCAGUUACGCGGCGACACGUGGCGUGGGGGAGGGCGGGCAGCAGGUGGUGGAGGUGAAGGUGGCACAGGAGGAAGGUUCCUGGAAGCGGCCCCGCCGGAAGCUGGUGGCACGAGUGCUGCUGGGAGAUGGUGCUUAUGUGGAAGCCGAGGGUUGGGAUGGCGAUGUGAUCUCUGUCCCGCUGCCCUCCGCUGCUGAGGCUGACAGGCUCGUGGCUGCAGCGGUGGAGGAAGAGAAGGCGCUCGUGGAAUCUGCCCCAUUAUUGUUGGAUGGGGCAAAGGGGGAUGAGGAGGACGGAGGGACAGAGGCACUAGCAGCGACGAACAUGGCAGCGGGCGACCUGCAAUGCCACGUGGUGCUCAAGCACGGGGGGAGACUUGACUCGCUCUUCCACUACCCCUCAGGCCAGGAGCUCUUGGAGUCGCGCUUUGAGGAGGGCGGCUACGAGGAAUACUCAGAGAGCGAGUACCGGUCGCCAGGCUGUCAUGAGCAGUACCACGUGGUCAGCGAGCAGCGGGACCACAGCACGGGCGGCAGCCACCGCAUGAUCGUGGAGGGUGACAUCGGCAGUGGGCUCACCAUGCGCCGGUGCUUCUCCCUCGGCCAACCCAUCCCCGCUGCCUGGGCUGCUGCCACCACUGCACUCUCCAACCGACAAGCGGUUCUAGAGUCAACUCAAAAGUCCCCCGGGCAGGAGCAGAACGUCCCAUUGAUCGAUGGACUGGCAUUGAAGGACGGGACCACAUUGAUCGAUGGACUCUCAGGGGAGAUACUUCCGUCGACGCCGAAUCAGCUGCAUGUGACGUCAGCGAUUAUCGCCUCUGCCAUUGGUGCCGGCUCGGGCGGAUUUUCACGCCUUGCCUGUCUGCGUGUGCACCCUUCCUUCCGCAUCGUCCAUUCAUUCUCCUCCGCUGCUCCCCACGUGCGCUUCACAUCUAUCAAGGGGGAGGAGGUGCUGGUGAAACCUGAUGUGCAGGAGCUGUGGCUCAGAGGCGACGACAGGCCCAAUGGCGAGUGGUCUCUAGUGGACCCGGGAACAGGGCGCACUGUGGUCAGCCGAUUCAACCCGAGCCAAGUGCACGAGUGCUUCAUCUACUGGGGCAGUGGGUUCUGCAACCUGGAGCUGGUUUCAGAAGAGAGACCCGUCUCUGUUGAAACGCCUCUCAGGAUCGAUCAGUCGUACAGCAUUGAGACAGCAGCGGAGUGAUGGGAAAUCGAUGCAUACUUCGUCUACUGGGGCAGUGGGUUCUGCAACCUAGAGCUGGUUUCAGAAGAGAGACCCAUCUCGAUUGAAACCCCACUGAGGAUCGACCAUUCUUAUGCCAUUGAAACAGCAGCAGAGUGAUGGAAUGGGGCAUGUGAUUGGAGCUGCAGUCAACCAAGUCAACCCAUUCUAACCUGGGUCAGGUGCACGCGUGCUUCAUCGACUGGGGCAGUGGGUUAAUCAUUCUUACAGCAUUGAAACAGCAGCAGAGAGAUUCCAUUCAUGAUCAUGGAUGGGAGCUGUGGUGAAAAUUCAAUUGCUAGGGCAGGGGGUUCUGCAACCUGGAGUUCGUUUCACAGGAGUGACCAGUUUCGGUUGAAACCCCGCCGAGAAUUGACCAUUCUUACAGCAUUGAGACGGUAGCAGAGUGAUUCUGAUCUUGAUUAUGGAUGGGAUGGGAUGGGAGCUGUGGUGAAACUUCAUCCAUGGGCAGUGGGUUCUGCAACAUGGAGCACUGAGGAUUGACCAUUCUUACAGCAUUAAGAUGGCAGCAGAGUGAUUCUGAUCAUGGUUAUGGAUGGGAUGGGAGCUGUGGCCUGGUUUUGUCUACUGGGGCAGCGGGUUCUGCACUGCAACCUGGAGCCAAUUUCAGAGACCGGUCUCAGUGGAAGCGACACUGAGGAUUGACCAUUCGUUUGCCAUCGAAACAGCCGAAGGGUGGGGGGGAUUGGUGGUGCGUGCUUCGUCUACCGUACUGAGGCACUGGGUUUUGCCUGCACCCUGGAGCUCGUUUCGGGAGAGACCCGUUUCGGUUGAUACGCCCCUCACCCUCAUUAUUGAUCAUUACAGCAUCAAGAUAGCAGCAUAGUAAUUAUGGUUGGGGGAUGUGGUCAACAUGAGACCAGUGUGUGUGUUGCAUGUCAUGUGCAUGCACUGUUAAAGUGAAAAGUGUUAACUAGAACAAGACAUACAA